UUGAAUAGAAGGGACAGGAUUAGCAUAUUAAUGUGUGAAGCUCCUCCCACUCCACUCCUGAGCUCACGCCUGCACUCCCCACUCAACUUUCUUUCUGCUGUGCUGCCGUGUCCUCAUUUUCCUCCCUUUCACUCUGAAACACUGGUUGCAUUUCUUCCUCUCACUUUCAUUUUCCCAAAAGAAGGAGGUGUCUGUGUUUGUUUCCUGUCGAGCGCAGUUCUUGUCUCUCCUGCUGUCACCGCCGGCUGACUGAAGGCCUUCUGGAUCGGCGCUGGGAGUUUGCCUUUCAAACUUUUGUUGGAGGAGGACUCCUCUCCCCGGCGCAGGAGACUCCACCGGGUGAAAUAACCCAAAUUCCCUCCUGAGCGACAGUUGCCCGACACUUCCACGGCAACUCUGUAGCUACGGAGUGCAGGCAUGGGGCAGAAAUCGGGCAAAAAACAAACAGUGUGUUGUCAUCAGAGAGGGGCUGCUGAGGAGUAAUUCAGCACUGCAGAGAAAAGAAGAGGCGGAGAGAAGUUUGUGGAUAAAAGUAACGCUUCGUCUCGGGGGAUCUUUUUUAUCUUGUGCAACUUUGGAUAACAGGAAAAGCUGACGAGGGCGAGCCUUGGAAAAGAAAAAAAGGGAUCUCUUUAAAAGACGCAUUUUAAUAAAAACAGUUUUAUCUCUGAGAUGUGUUUAUGGAGGGAUUUUCAAGCUGCAUGUGAACUCUGAGCAGAGCGAAGCGUCACUGGAUUUCUACUGUUGUCCUCGUGGAAGUUAUGUUAGCAAACAGACUUUGGCAGCAGUUGGACUGAAGAUUGCCACAUUUCUCGACGGGACGCGAACCAGUGUGUGGAUUAUGUGAGCGUUCCCUUGAAAUCUGUUGAUUCCUCCUCGCGUGUUUAUUUAUUUGACGUUGGAGUGUGAUGCGCGGUCGUGAAGCUGCAGGCUGUCUGGCUGAACUCGGUGCGGACAGACAGCGGUCGGGACAGACAUGUGUUUCCAUGGCGACAAGUGGCUGUAGCCCAUUCCCUAUGUGUUGGGACAGAGAAUAUGACAGACACCUAGCAGCGGCGGUGUCAGCAGGGAAAAACAUGGCGACGGCCUACCUGGACCCCAACCUGAACCAUGCCCUCUUGGAAGGAGCCAAGUCGCGGCUGAGCGCGGGGGGAACGGACCGGACCAUGGCUGGCUCCAUGGACAGGGUCCUGAAAGUCUUCCAUCCGUUCGAGACCAACACCGAAGACAGCUUGUGGUCUUCCAAUAUCAGAUAUGGAGACGCCACUGAUGUCCGGGGCAUCAUCCAGAAGAUUUUGGACAUUCACAAAGUCCGCUGGACGUCCUGUUUUGGCCUGCGUCUCAGAAACUGCCAGUCCAGAGACCAGGUGCACUGGCUCCACCCGGAUUUGGGCGUGUCCCACGUCAGAGAGAAGUAUGAGCAAGUCCGGCCGAACGAGGAGUGGAGGUAUGAGUUGAGGAUCCGGUAUCUACCAAAGGGCUUUGUGCAGCAGUUUACAGAAGACAAACCUACACUCAACUGCUUCUACCACCAGGUGAAAAAUGACUACAUGACAGAAAUUGGGGAUCAGGUGGAACAGGAUGUGGCUCUCAAACUGGGCUGUUUAGAAAUCAGGAGAUUCUUCAAAGAGAUGAGAGGAAACGCCCUGGACAAGAAAUCCAACUAUGAACUGCUGGAGAAGGAUGUUGGCCUGAGGCGAUUUUUCCCCAAAGACCUGCUGGACUCAGUCAAGGCAAAAACUCUUCGAAAAUUAAUCCAGCAGACGUUCAAGCAGGUCGCCAACCUCAACGACGAGCAGUGCAUCCUGAAGUUCUUGGAGAUACUGGCACCGAUCUACCGCUACGACAAGGAGUGUUUCAAAUGCGCCCUCGGGUCCAGCUGGGUGAUCCAGGUGGAGCUGGCCAUUGGACCAGAGGAAGGCAUCAGUUACCUCACUGACAAAGGAUCCACGCCCACGCAUCUAGCAAACUUUAACCAAAUCCAGUCCAUCCAGUACUCUGCCAUGGAGGAGAAGGAGAGGAAAGGCAUGCUCCAGGUGAACGUAGCUGGAGCGGCUGAGCCACUCACCGUUACGACAGCAUCUCUCACCACGGCGGAAAACUUAGCAGACUUAAUUGAUGGUUACUGUCGGCUCAUCUCCAUGGAAACGCACUCCUUCAUCGUCAGAGUUCAGAAAGAGGGAGAGAGAGCUCUGCCAUCCAUCCCCAAACUUUCUAACAAUGAGAAAAAGUUAGAAGCAGUAAGGAGUGGAGUUCGAGCGAUUUCCAUCUCAGAGGAUCUUAGCGGGGAUGAGACUGACGACUAUGCCGAGAUAGUUGAUGAAGAGGAUACGUACACCAUGCCCUCCAUGAGCUAUGGAGUAGUUGAAGCACGGGACUAUGAGAUCCAGAGAGACCGGAUCGAGUUGGGCCGCUGCAUCGGAGAGGGUCAGUUUGGCGACGUUCACCAAGGAGUCUACAACUGCCCGGACAAACCUGCUCUACCCGUCGCCAUCAAGACCUGCAAGAACUGCACCUCGGACAGCGUCAGGGAGAAGUUCCUACAGGAAGCAUUGACGAUGCGCCAGUUCGACCACCCGAACAUAGUCAAGCUGAUCGGAGUGAUCACAGAGAACCCAGUGUGGAUCAUCAUGGAGCUCUGUACUCUUGGAGAGCUGCGUUCGUUCCUCCAGGUGAGGAAGUACAGUCUGGACCUGGCCACUCUGAUCCUGUUCGCCUACCAGCUCAGUACAGCUCUGGCCUAUCUGGAGAGCAAACGCUUUGUGCACAGGGACAUUGCUGCACGGAACGUGUUGGUGUCUUCAGUGGACUGUGUGAUGCUGGGAGACUUCGGCCUGUCGCGAUACAUGGAGGACAGCUCUUACUACAAAGCCUCUAAAGGUAAACUUCCCAUUAAAUGGAUGGCUCCUGAAUCGAUCAACUUUCGAAGGUUUACCUCUGCCAGUGACGUCUGGAUGUUCGGCGUGUGCAUGUGGGAGAUCUUGAUGUACGGCAUCAAGCCCUUCCAGGGCGUGAAGAACAACGACGUGAUCGGCAGGAUAGAGAACGGCGAGCGCCUGGCGAUGCCCCCUCAGUGCCCGCCCACCCUCUACAGCCUGAUGACCAAGUGUUGGUCGUAUGACCCCAGCAAGAGGCCGCGCUUCACCGAGCUCAAAACGCAGCUCAGCACCAUACUGGAAGAGGAGAAGCUUCAGCAGGAGGAGAGACUCCGGAUGGAGAUGAGGAGACAGGUCACGGUUUCCUGGGACUCCGGGGGUUCAGAUGAAGCUCCGCCUAAACCCAGCAGACCCGGUUACCCCAGUCCUCGCUCCAGUGAGGGCUUCUUCUCCAGCCCCCAACACAACCACUUCCCGCCGUCGGCUCACGGUGGUGUUUUAGGAGUUGGAGGAAGUUAUCCUCCUACUGAUUCCUGGAAUCAGCACAGACCGGAGCACACCGCUCUGUGGAACCCCAGCCUCGAGGACGGCGGCUGUGUGGGUCAGGUUCUGAUGGAGGAGAGGCUGAUGAUGCAGCAGCAGCAGAUGGAGGACGACCAGCGGUGGCUAGAGCAGGAGGAAAGCUUCAUGAAGGCAGAGUCCAGGAACAGCAGAGGAAGCAUUGACAAAGAGGACGGCAUCCUACAAGCACCGGGAGGAAGUCAGCACAUCUACCAGCCUGUCGGGAAACCAGAACACGUGGCGCCUCCGAAGAAGCCGCCCCGCCCCGGAGCUCCCGGUCACCUCGGCAACCUGGCCAGCCUCUGCCCCGUGGACAGCUACAACGAAGGGGUCAAGCUGCAGCCUCAGGAGAUCAGCCCGCCGCCCACUGCCAACCUGGACCGCUCCAACGACAAAGUGUAUGAGAACGUGACGGGCCUGGUCAAAGCUGUGAUCGAGAUGUCCAACAGGAUCCAGCCCGCCGCCCCGGAGGAGUACGUCCCCAUGGUGAAGGAGGUGGGUCUCGCUUUGAGGACUCUGCUGGCGACAGUGGAUGAGACCAUUCCUGUGCUCCCGGCCAGCACGCACAGAGAGAUCGAAAUGGCUCAGAAGCUGCUGAAUUCCGAUCUGGCCGAGCUGAUAGCCAAGAUGAAACUGGCCCAGCAGUACGUCAUGACAAGUUUACAGAAGGACUACAAGAAGCAGAUGCUCAUGGCAGCUCAUGCGCUGGCGGUCGACGCCAAGAACCUGCUGGACGUCAUCGACCAAUCACGGCUGAAGAUGAUCAACCAGACCCGCCCACAUUAGUCCAGCGUGUGUGCAGACUCCCUAUUCAGCAGCACAGGGAGAAGAGGAGGAGCGGCUCGAUCUCGGCUCAUCCACGUGUCCACGGACGUUUCGGAGAGAAGACAUUGAGACGGUGGACGGACUGCAACAAUCAGCUCCCUCUUCUCCUCUUUUUAACCUUCGCCAUCUCUCAAAACAUGAGUUUGUGUUGUUUUAAACUUAACAUUUGGCUUUUAUAUCCAGAGAAACGCGCCUUCUUCUCAUCACGUAUCCUCAAGAUUUUUUUUUUUUUUUUUUUUUUUUGAAGAACUGAGGUUAAUAGAAAAAAACAAACUGAAAAAAAGUGAAUCAAAUAAAGUCUUCCGAGGCUCGCUUGAAGGACGGUGAAGGUAUUUUGGCAACUGGACGCACCACCGCUCUCCAGGUGAGCACACGACGAACACUCUGCACGUGGAGGACGGAACAACUGGAAGUGAAGCGCCAGCAUGAGGAGGAUAAUGAACAUGACUUCAGUGUUGUUGUUGAAACAUGUUUUUUUUUUUAAUCGUUAUUAUAUUAUCAUUACUCUUUUCAGCCUUUGCUCUCUCUAUAAGGUUCUUGAACUUUUUAUGAGCAAAAAUAUUGAUUUGUUGUACAUUUGCUCAUAUAAAGUCCUCAUUUUAUCUAUUUUUUUCCUCCUGUAGACUUCUUUAUCUCAGGCACUAAGAGAUGAGGUAAAAACUGAAUUUUGAAGAACAAACUAAAUGUGUUUUUUUAAAUAAUAAAAAUAAAAUGUAUGCCACGGGCCACUUUUUAAGUUAUCUUACAUAGUAAAUAUACAAAGAAGCUCUAUUUUAACACCUUUUCGAGGCAUGAAUAGUGAAUAAUGGAGAGAGACGGACGGGGUGGGAUGAAGAGCUGAAUGAUGGAGGGAGGAUACUUUCUUUAUUCUUUAUUAUGUAUUAUACUGUAUGAUGCGCUGUCUUUCUGUGCCAACUGAACUACACUUCAUCAUUUCAUUCAAAUUUCAGUUUUUAUUUAAAAAAAAAAAAAAAAAGACAAAAACAACCAAAAACUUGAGAAACAGCUCACAUGUAGUUUUUAUGCUGAA